AUGUGUGCAGGUGGCUAUGAGUCCAGUGUGGAGGGUGUGUUCCAGGUCCUUGUGCACAUGCACCUGGUCAGCCACCAUGGAAAACGGGAGCAAGCUGGACAAGCCCAGCCAUGUGUUGCAGGCACGUGGAGAGGCUGUCCUGGACCUGACGAGUACAAGGUGGUCUCAGUCUUCCUGGUGCUCCUGGUGUGCGUGACCGGCAUAGUGGGAAACGCCACAGUGGUCCUGGUGGUGCUGACCGCUCGCGACAUGCACCCCACCAACUGCUACCUGGUCAGCCUGGCUCUGGCUGAGCUCACCAUGCUGGUGGCCGCAGGGCUGCCCUACGUCUCUGACAGCCUGGCUGGGCAGUGGGUCCAUGGGCACGCCGGCUGCCUGGGCAUCACUUACUUGCAGUACCUGGGCAUCGGCGUCUCCUCCUGCUCCAUCCUAGCGUUCACCGUGGAGAGGUACGUCGCCAUCUGCCACCCAGUGCCGCAGACCGUGUGCACCGUGGCCCGGGCCAAGCAGAUCGUCGCGGCGGUCUGGGGGGUCAUGUCUGUCUACUGCCCGCUCUGGUUCCUCCUGGUGGACCUGCACGUCAGCGAGAGACAGGGCCCGCAGUGCGGCUACAGAGUGUCCCACAGCCUCUACCUGCCCAUCUACCUGCAGGACUUCGCCCUGUUCUUGGCCACGCCCCUGCUGGUGGCCACCGCCCUCUACCGGCUCAUCGGGAGAAAGGGCCACCGUGAUGGUGCCACGUCCAGGGGAGCCGUCCCGGGCCCGCGGCUGCGUGGGGCCCCAAGCAUCAGUGUUUGUCCCAGCUGGGAGCGUCCCCAAGAUGCCGGUGGUGGUUGUGUUGCUCUUUUCAUGCCCUACCGCACGCUGGUGCUGCUCAGCUCCCUGGUGGCCCAGCCCUUGCUGGACCCCCGGGUGCCCCUCUGCUGCCACACCUGCAUCUCCACCAACAGUGCCGUCAACCCCAUCGUCUACAGCCUCGUGUCCCAGAAGAGCCGGGACGCCUUUCGGCCCUUGUGCUGGUGUCCGUCGGGGGAGCGACGGGGGCGCGCGGCCUGCCGCACCGUCACCAGCUGCAGUGGGGCCCGAGAGACCCCCCGAAGACGCAGGAAGACAGGAGCCAGGGCUGGGGUCCUCAGGCCGCAGGGUCCCCCCCAGCAGCAGGAGCCCUCGGUCAGCGGGGUCUGA